GGAAGGGAAGAAGCAUAGGGAAUAAGAAGGUGAUUUCCUAGCAGUAUCCUCCUCACAGUGUAAAAUAUACCGUUGCUCUUCCCUAAAAUAAAAUAGCAAAGACUGAGAGAGGAAACAAUCAAAACCUAAAAGAAAUUUUCUUUCAAGCAAGCGAUUUGAUAAUCUGACAUUGUUAGAUAAGCGAAUUGACAAUUUGAAAAAUGAGUAAUUCUUCUGAAUUUUCAUUUUCUCAUAUAAAAAAUUGAAUAAAGUCGGUCGUUAUGGUUACCGCUUGCAAAUGUAAGCAGCGGCCAUACAUUUGUCAAAUGUACCGUAAAGUCUGACUUAAGUGCCUUAAGUUACAACACUGGGGCAUUCACCUGAUACUUCGACGCAUGUUUUAAUACUGCGUAAAGAAUAAAGAUGGAUUGGGCUAACGAUCUUGAGAUCACUUCGAAAAAGCUACUACCUCGUCUAGGUAGACGUGCAGGUCAGAAUAAUUUGCUAGAAGAUAAUAAAUCCGAUGAUGAUCCUCUGGAGAGUCCUAUUUCCUUAUCAUCCGGAAAGUCUGUAUCUAUGCAAAGACCAAUAGUUCCACCUCGGUUGAGAAAAACCGGCUGGGGUGACGAAUUGAAAAGUGGCAAAUCAAAGGCGACGUCAAAUAUCAUUGAACAGGAACGUUUUCGAGUGAUUGAAAAGGAGGAACAAGAAGAUGAUAUUCCAGUUAUACCAGAUUUGGAUGAAAUCCAAGAAGAUAACAUCUCAUCUGACAUUGCAAGUGCUCCCACAGUCAACGCAAAUAGAGUAACUGCGUACGAGGAAUUGGAUACUGAUUUGGUAAAAAAUGCUGCAUAUACAUCGUUGGACGGCGUCAGCCUUUCUCUCCUUGCAGACAAAUUGUACAAUGAGAAUUUAGUGAAGGAACCGGAUGAAGUUUGGAAUUGGAAUCUCCUCUUCACGCAAAUUUCUUCAGAGAUUAAUAGCGAGACGCAGAAAAAGAUCGAAGCUUGACGAAGCCAUUUUGUACUUUGAAAUAAAAAUGAAAACUUCUCGUACAUAUAAAUAUAACAAUAACAUUCUCAA